AUGAGUUUGAUUCACUAAAAGUUACCAUAAUUUGACAUUAUAAGAGUUGCUGGCUCAGGGAGCUUUGGUAUGUAUUAUCAAUAAAUUUAGGUUAUGUUUUUGAGGCCUAUGAUCAUAAUAGAAAGUAAAAAGUUGCUCUAAAGAGAAUUGAAAAGGUUGGAACUCAACUUAGUAGGGAAUAUGAAAUAUUGUUUGAAGUUAAGGAAUGUGAACAUGUAGUUAAAAUCCUUGUAUAAAAUUCAUCCAAUUUAGGAUUUUUUCUAUUCAAGAAAUGAGGCGGGGAAAUUAAUUCAAAAUAUCGUAUUUGAAUAUAUGGAAGAUAAUCUUGAAAAUAGAAUUCAAACUUUUAUCAAAUAAGGGAAGACAUUUUCUGAAUUGACAAUAAAAUGUUACAUAUAUUAGAUUUUAAAAGGAUUAUAAUUCAUUCACCAAAAAGGAAUUGUUCAUCGCGAUCUAAAGCCGUAAAACUAAAUACUUAAAUCAAUAGCGAAAAUGUCCUUAUAAAUAAUAAAGAUUAAAUCAAAUUGUGUGAUUUUGGAAGUUCAAAAUUGAUCACUUCAUCAAGUCAAAACACUCCGUAUAUAGUUUCUAGGUAUUAUCGUGCACCUGAGUUGAUACUAUGCCUAACUAAAUAUGGAGUUUCUGUAGAUAUUUGGGCAUUAGGUUGUAUAAUGGGAGAAUUGGUAAUAAAGGAUGCUCUUUUUAAAGGGAAAAGUGAAGGAGAUCAACUGUUUGCAAUAUUGAAAGUGAUGGGUAGUUUCAGUAAAAAAGAUGUGGAGUACUUUUCAAGUAGAGUUCCUUUUAAUAAUCAAUCAAUAUUUAAGGAACUCUCUAGAUAUAAAAAAUAAAAUCUCAGAUAAAAAUUUAGUUAAAUUAAAGAUUUAGAUAAUUAUUUAGAUUUAUUGAAGUAAAUAAAAUCAAUAUGAAUUCUAGUUCAAUGUUGCAAUAUAAUCCUGAAAAGAGAAUCAGUGCUAAGGAUGCUCUUAAACAUCCAUUUUUUAAAGAUGUAGUAAAUGAAUGA